GCAAAACAUUGCAGAGAAAGCUUGUUACUAGCUAGCUAUUUAACUUUGCAUAAACAGAAAGUUGCAUUCAUGGCGGCUGUGUCUUCAAAAUGGCUUUCUUUUCUUCUACUUUCCUUGUGCAUCGUUCUUCAUUUGAGUGCUGUCACUCUGGGUGAUGACAAACUGGACAAAACUAGGUUUGGCGACGAUAACUGCAGGUUUGGUCGAAGAGGCUGUGGUGGUCGUUUUGGUGGUGGACGUGGAGGGGGACGAGGAGGUGGUGGAGGUUUAGGUGGUGGUGCUGGAGGAGGUGUUGGUGGGGGAGGUGGUUUUGGUGGGGGAGGUGGUGGUGGUGUUGGUGGUGGGUCGGGUCAUGGUGGAGGCUUUGGAGCUGGAGGCGGUGUAGGUGGCGGGCUGGGAGGUGGGGCUGGAGGAGGCGGCGGGGGAGGAGGUGGUGGAGGUGGUGUUGGUGGGGGGUCGGGUCAUGGUGGGGGCUUCGGGGCAGGAGGCGGUUACAAGUCUAACAACAGGUACAGAUUCAAAACCUAA